UUUGUCAGCGUCAGUCAAGCGUGGUCAUCGGUGCGACAUUGGUGCCAGGGCGAGUGCGAGAUCCAUAAAUCCCAUAAAUAUUUGGACACUUGCCGGCCUCCGCUCAUUUGCAAUCAUGGAGUUCUUUGCCACGGGUGCCUUUCAGCAGCUCUACAGCGAGCUGGACGACGAGUGCGGAGUCUCUGUCUCCGUCUCCUCCGAUCUGAUUCUGACCGCCAGCUCGGACCUGGAUUAUGGCUAUGCGGAGGCCAGAGGUCAGUGCGAUCAGGUGCCAGUGGUGGAUACCGAAUACUACGGCAUCAUCACCUUGGACAGCAACAACAACCAGAGCAACGACUACACCAUCGGUCAUCCGGAGGGCGAGGACCAUGGACUGUUCUUCGACUUCAGCGAUCAGGAUCUGUCCGGCUGCUCUACCGCCGGCUGCUCUCCCCCGGAGCUGAGCGAAUGGGAGCAGCGGCUGCUGGACAACUUUGUGGAGAUACCCGAGCUGAUAGACUUCCUGCCAGAGCGGACGCCGCUCUGCACGGACAUGUGCGAUGACUUCCUCGAGGAGAGCAACAGCAACCUGCGUCUGGCCGCCCCCCCACCGCCACUGCCGCCACCGGCACCGCCAGUGUCGCCCUCGUGUUUGGAGCCAGCUCCGACAGCCCCCGCCACCGAUGCUGCCACCGUGCCCCAGCUAAGUCAGAAUGCGGCGGGCGAGAGGGGCUACCUCUGCACGUUCGGCAACUGCGAGAAGCUGUACGCCAAGCCCGCCCACCUCAAGGCCCACCUGCGGAGGCAUCUGGGCGAAAAGCCGUACGCCUGCAGCUGGCCGGAGUGCAGCUGGCGCUUCUCCCGCUCCGACGAGCUGGCCCGCCACCGUCGCUCCCACUCCGGCAUCAAGCCCUACAAAUGCGACUACUGCGCCAAGUGCUUCGCCCGCUCCGACCACCUCACCAAGCACCGCAAGGUGCACGAGCGUCGCCUCCUGGCGGCCACCCGCCUCGGGAAACUCCUGCCCGACGAUGUCUACGCAGUGCGUCCGGGCCGCAAGCGAAAGAACCAACUCUGAUCUUAGUCAAUAAAGUUAUGUACUCGUAAAGCAAACCAAAUCAAAAGAAAAUUUUGGGACCCAAAGAGGAAACAAGGCAUUAUAUAUUCUAUUUAUGCCCAAUACUAAAAGAGUGUAGGGAUAUAUUCCUAUAUC